GUCCGCAAUCCAGCCCUGCGUCAAGUCCCGCUGGGCGUCACCCAAAAGUACCUCAUCGUCACGUGCAACUACGUGGCGCGCGCAGCGGGGGUGACCAAGCUGAUGGGCAUUCGGGAUGCCAUGGCACGCUGCCCCGGCCUGGUGCUGGUCAGCGGAGAGGAUCUGGGCCCGUACCGGCAGGCCAGCAAGUCCAUCCAUGCCGUGCUGUCACGGUACGGCCCGGCGGAAAAACUGGGGAUGGAUGAGACGUUCGUGGAUGUAACGGAGGUGCGAGGUGCCGUCGCGGCCCGCGGAGUCGGUAACGGCUACAGUAGCGGCGCUGCCGUGGGGGUUCAGUCAGCAGGAGUGGAGAGCUGGCAGCAGCUCCUCACGGUUGGUAGCAUGGUGGCGGCGGAAGCUCGCCUGGCAGUGCGGUCCGAGACGGGCUUCAGAUCGUCUGCCGGCAUCUCCUCCAAUAAGAUGCUGGCCAAGUUGGUCAGUGGGCUUCACAAGCCUGACGACCAGACGGUGCUGUUGCCCGAUCAGGCAUGGGACUUUGUAGGUGCGUCGUUGGCUUGCUGCAUCUGGGGCGGUGGGGCGUCGACUCCCUGCGGCUGA